AAAAAGGUUCACAAAUAUCAGUUUAUAUUAUCAGAAAAGUCUCAAAAUUUCUUUGUGAAUCAUUAAAAUUUUUUUCUCUUUUUUUGUAAAGCAAGGAAUAAAGACAGUCGAACAAGGUAAAUUGCAGUAAACACAGAAAUGUGUGAUUAUGAAGCAGAAAUCUUACGAUUAAAUCUAAAGAUUAAGGAACUCAUGGGGAGAGUUGAUCAAAAUAUGUCACGCAGCAGUCGAUUUGAAACAGAAAACAAGCGAUUAAGUGUGGAGGUAGAACAAAUGAAAGAAGUAUGUUCAAGAACAUCAGCGAUAAAUGUAAAAUACAAACAGCGUCUGGAAGAAGAAAAAAGUUUAAAGGAAGAACUUUUCGAAGGAAAUACGAAACUAAAAAGGAAAGUUAAUGACCUGUCAAGUCGAUGCUUUGAGCAAAAUGAGCAUAUAAAAAUGCUCGAGUCAAAUUUACGUCGAGCAACAAACGUAUCAAUGCGUGCAUCUCGCGUUCCUGUCAAACUGAUCGGAAAUGUAUCUGAAAUAAUCCAAAAUGUUGAUCCAACGAAAACUCAACCAUACGUCGACCUUCAAAAAAAGUACAAUGAACUUGAGAGUGAACACCAAGAAGCACUUGUAAUAAUUGAUGAACUGGAAUUUGAAUUGGGUGAUAUUGAUCACCUCGAAAUGGAAAUUCUUCGCUUGCAACAAGAGAACGUUCAAUUAAGAGAAUCGUUGGUUCAUUCUGAGUAUGAUGCAGGAGGCUAUUCUGCCACUGUUACACCAGCGAGUGCUAAAAAUUAUGGAGUUGAUAACUCAGACAAUCCACCAAUGAAGGCAUUUACAGCAAUGAAAGUAACGGAUAAUGGAGAUGAUGAGGAAGAAGAGCAGGAUAAUGGUGAUUUUGUUAAUGAACUUAAGACGAUUCAUUCACGAAAGUUGAUGAUACAACAAAAACUGGAUAAUUUUCAUGCAAGACAGAGUGUUAACUUCGGAUAGGGAGUGACUUAACAUUAAGUGAUACAGCAUCAUUGAAAAGUCAAUAAUAUUGGUUGUAAGAAAUUAACAAUAAUAAUAUACAUUGAGGUUUAAACUGUAUAAUUUUAGAAUCAAAAUGUAUCUUGAUUAACAUAUUUUCUAAAGCAUAAUCAAUAUGUCGAUGACAUUUAACCUUAAAUCAAUAUCCCUUCAAACCUUAUAGUAGCAUGUUCAUCUCAUUCAAUUUGACAACCUUGCAGAGAAUUAUUAAAUAAAAUGUGUCCUAUUCAUUCAUGUAACUUAAAGGUUUUUUGUCAACUACUUGUCAUGCUGCAAAAAAAAUUUUAAUGCCCUGCUCGUUUGACACCACAUGUUGCCUAUAAUUAAAUUCAAUGAUAAAUUCACCGCUAUUGGAACCAUUUAUAGACCAAAAAAAUUUAUGAACUAAUUAGAUAAAGAGUUCAAAACCGUCUAUUUUGAUAUUUUAAAUUUGAUUCUUUUUUUUAAAAAAAAAUGAUAGUUAAACACAUUUAAACUUUCUAGCAUCCUCUAAGAUAUACAAUAAAUUUAUUUUCUUAUCUAAGAUUCUGAAUAAAAAUAUAAGCUUCUGUCAUUCAAAACUGAUUGUGAUAGUAAAAUACUUUCAUUAAGGUGACAAAUUAUGAAAAGCUGCUGGCAAUGAUCAGUGACAUCUAGAAAUGCUGUUUCAUUCACUUACUGCAGAACAGGUAUCACCAUAGGAUUGUAAUAUUUUUUUUUUUUUUGGGUUUAUUAUCAGUAAAAAAAUUAAAAUUCUUUUCAUUUAAAAAUAUAAAGCAAGUACUUUUAAAGAUCAGACUUAAACAAUUACAUAUUUAUUUAAGUCACGUAGGAACUUUAUUUUUUUAUGAAACACGACUUACAGGCAUUUAUUGAUUCUGUAUCAAUUAUUUAUCUUUCGUAAAAUUUUGCGUUUUUUAAGGUGUCAUGUGAUCAGGGACUCAUAAUAGUGUUGCGGAGAAAUAACAAGAAUGCUUUUAAUUUUCAUAUCAUUGAAUGUCAUGCUGUCUAUAUGUCGCAUAAUUUUUCUUUAAAUUUUAAAAAAACUAUAAUCCAUCGUAAAACUGAGGAUAAGAGCAAAAAUGUUAUGAAUCUAUCACGUCACUUUAAUAAUUGUUCUCAUUGAUGAAAAAGGAAAAAAAAUUUAUCGUAAAUUUAUGCCGUUCCAGACUUGUUUAUAUCACCUAUAUACAAUUAUAUUAACAUGAAAACAUAAAAUACACAAUGUAUGUAUAUUGCCAUAAAAAGCAAAAAAAAAUAAAGAUUAACGUAGUAAUUCAUAACUUAACCAUGAAUUCAAGAAAACUGAUUAUUUUCCUUUUUGCAAUUGCAAGUACCCUUAACAGAGGUAAAUUGUUGUUUAAAGGCAAUAUCAUGUGAAUAUCUUGUUGAUUGACUUAUAAGAGUAUAUUAGGUCACAGAUUAAAAAUAUUAAAGAUCUUAUCUGUUCAUAAUUUAUUAACUGACUGAUUUCAACUGUCACUAUCAAAUGUGAUUUAUGAGGUGAGCUAAAUCAUCCCAGAUUUUGAAGUCCUUUUAAAUUUGCUUUUUUAUUAUUUUAAUGAGCUGCAACUUUUCACUGUGUAUUGUUUUGAAAAGAAUUAUUUUCAUCAUUUUCCUAGAAUAAAGUUGAGCGAUGAAUGCUCAAAAAUUAAACAUUAUUAUUGAUUAUUAUUUUCACACCGU